GUUGGCAGCACUGCUUCUUUGUGGUUAUCAAAUUUGUCAACGAUUUUAUAAACAAGGAAGCACGUCGUUUGUUUAAACUUCAAUUUGGCCAGGGGUACACAUAUAUAUAUGAAAAGCACGCACGACCAGGUCGCCAGUUGAGUCGAUUUGGUUGGUGGACAAGUGUGGCUGUGAAAAUGUGGAAACGGCACUGCUGCCUGCUCUCAGUAGCCGUGCUAUGCAUGCUCUUUUUUGGCCUGGGGAAUGCCCUCCACCAAGCGUAUGCUAAUGUCGAAGGUCGCCCAGACCUGUUGGCCAAACUGCCAGGGCAGCUGAAGUUCGUGCAUGUGAUAUAUCGCCACGGCGACAGAACGCCAGUCGACCCAUAUCCCACGGAUCCCUGGAAUAACCUGAAGUUCUGGACCACCGGAUGGGGUCAACUAACGAACCUGGGCAAACAAGAGCACUAUGACCUUGGUAAAUGGCUGCGGAAACGGUACUCCUCGCUGCUCAGUUCAAAGUACUCCAACGAAGACAUUUAUGUCCAAUCUACCGAUGUGGAUCGUACUUUAAUGAGCGCCCAAUCGAAUUUGGCUGGGCUGUACGAGCCCCAAGGUGAAGACGUUUGGAAUCCCGCCAUUCAAUGGCAACCCAUACCGGUUCACACCACGCCUGAGAAAGACGAUCCCAUACUGGCGGCCAAGGCUCCGUGUCCUGCCUAUGAUUACGAGCUGGCCUCUCUUGAAUCCUCGCCUGAGUUUGUGGCUCUCGCUGAAAAAUACAGUGAUCUCUUUGCGUACCUAAGCGAGAAAAGCGGUCGUAGUGUAAAGACGUUUCUCGAUGCAUCGUAUUUAAAUAACACACUGUUUAUUGAGAGCCUGUACAACAUGUCACUGCCGGAAUGGACUCAAAAAGUAUAUGAUCACGAGGAGCUUACAUAUGCGGCAAACUUUGCAUUUGCCAUCAACACGUAUACCCGCAAUCUGGCUAGGCUGAAGACUGGUCCUUUGCUGAAGGAUAUUUUUCAACGGAUCGAUGAUAAAGCCUCUGGACGCUUGAAGCCUGAUCGUUCCAUGUGGAUGUACAGUGCGCAUGAUACAACAAUAGCCAAUGUUCUCAACACCUUGAAAGUGUUUGAAGUAAGCUUAACUUCCCCCUACGUUGCGUGCAUUAUGGUGGAGCUACGGAUUGAUGACUAUAACACUCCAUUGGUUUCUAUUUUUUAUAAGAACACCACAUCUGAACCUCUGCCGUUAGACAUUCCCGGCUGCGGACCGUCAUGUCCGCUAAAGAAAUUGACUGCACUGUAUCAGGACGUGCUUCCCAUUGACUGGGAGCAUGAGUGCAAACGCUCCACGAUGAUGAUGACCUACGAGGAGGCGAAUCUGGGAGCAGCGACGGGCAUUCUUAUAUUGAUUAUUAUCGCUCUUCUGGUGACCAGCUAUGGUCUCAUGAUCUAUUAUCGGCGUCGCAACUACAAGCUGUAUACCUCGUACUCGCAAAUGGCAUAGCCAGACAUCCGUGGGAUGUGACGUUGAAGGUCCUAAUGAACUCGGAAAUUAGAGCGUUGUUAGUUACCUGUUCCUCUCUGCUUGCCAAAGUGAUUUGUUUUCUUUUCUCUGUGCAUCCUAUCUUAUGGCCACAAGUUAUUUUUUAUAUUUUUUAUUAGUUUGAUAGUUGUAACAUUGUGCAUUUGAUACACACAUGUUUUUGUUGGCAUUUAAAUGGAAGGAUAACUGUUUUGUUGUUAUCCAGUGAAAUAUAUGGAAUAGAAAGACUGUGAAUUGGC